UCAAGAGGCAAACGAGAUAUCUAGCUUGGUCUCAGCUUCUUCGCCGCUUCAGCCCCUGCAGGGCCAUGGUUCGCGACAGCCGCGCCGCAGCCCUUGCGGUCCUGGCGCUUCUCGCUGGCGUUUGGGCGGCCUCGCAAGCGUUCGUGGCUCCGAGCGCCCGCAUCGGCACUGCUGCCGGUCGCGUGCAAUCGGCGGUGGCUCUGAACUCCGGCUCGGGCGAGUACACGGGCUUCGUUCCCGACAUGCAGAGGCGCGUGUUGAUGAACCUCAUCGUCGUGGCUGUGUGCGCCGUGCCAGCGCUGGUAGUCCUCGGAGGGUACGCGUUCUAUUGCACGGUGGCGGACUUCUUCCCCAAGCUGGGCGGCGGCGGAGGCGGCGCCUCGCCGGUGGGCGACAUCAACGGCGCGGCCGUCCCGCUGAAGAAGUGGGUCGCCGGCCACAAGGACAACGACCGCGAGCUGGUGCAGGGGCUCAAGGGUGACGCCUACUACCUCAUCUCCACGCCGGACGGCAUCAAGGACUUCGCCAUCAACGCCACCUGCACCCACCUGGGCUGCGUCGUGCCGUGGGUCCGCUCCGCCAACAAGUUCUGCUGCCCCUGCCACGGCUCCCAGUACGACGAGAACGGCAAGGUCGUCCGCGGCCCCGCGCCCCUGUCGCUGGCGCUCGCGCACACCUCGGUGUUGGAGAGCGGCGACAUCGCAGUGGCCCCGUGGCCCGAGCAGGACUUCCGCACCGGCCUCGACCCGUGGUGGAGCUGAGCGCCGCCACGCUCCAAUGAUGCUCCUGCCACCGCGGUCCAGGGGGCACUCUAGGACAACGAAAAAACGGACACGAGAACCACUGCUCAGGUCGAGCCCUGACCCCCGCUGGCACUGCGCCAGGGGGGGGCCUGCUGCACAUCGGUGGCCGAGGUGCGGCCCCCCGCUCCGUGCGGCCUCCUCCCAGCUUUUUUCCGUUCGUUCGCCGGCGAUGCCGGGCGGCAGGCCCUGGCCCUGGUUGGCGCGCGAGAGGGCUUGCCACAAAAGGGCCGUCCUCUGCUCCAGGCAGGCGUGCACUUCGGCCCGACGGUCCAGAGGGCGGCGACGGCGCAGCCUUACUCAGAGCGGGUGGGGGGGGUGGCAUUCGCCCUGUUCCGACUUGCACCGUCGUGCUCAUCCAGGCCCGCCGUGUGCCCAGGGUCAAUGUGCACGCCCUCUUGACCAGGCCAGCAUGGCACAUGGGGCCACGGUGGGCCUGACCAGGUUCGACGUAUUUGCGUGGUUGCCGCCCUCCACCUGGUAGGGGAGGGUUCUGCAACAAGCGUGGUGGUAAUGAUAGCAAGGCAUGUGAGAGUGUCGCCUCAUGUUCCCAUGGGUCUGCGGGAGGAGUCCUUUCUGCUAGGCCGACACCGGCUGUCGAUCUGAUUUGCCAAUACGUUUGUGCAGUGCAGUACAGUACCGCGUGUAUGUGGCAGGCCAGGCCGACACAUGUGUGUAAAGCCAUUGUUGUUUCGGGUCUGAGCGGCAUGAUUCGCAUUGCUCCCGAAGUUCAUUCAAAUCAGCACAGUGGAAUGUACAUUAGCAUGCCUCAUCUAGGUGCUUCGAUA